AUUACCGUUUGAUUAAUUGUUGUACAAUUAGACUAUUCUAACUCUACUAAGCUAGCUAAGUGUAGAGGCUAGUCAGAUAGACAUUUAUUUAUCUAGCUAUAUCGGCAAGAGAGCAAGUAUUGAAGGUGGUCUGACAACCAGUUGCAGCAAGUACAAUCAAAUUAUUCCUUGAUGCUCUAGUACACAUCACAGUGUGUGUGUGUGUGAUCAGAUCAUAGACUUUCUGAUGUCUAGUAGAAGUAAUAUGGAUGGUUCAGAGCGUAGGACAAAGCUACGGUUAACUGUGCACUCGGCCAAGAAUCUCAGCAAGAAGGAAUUCUUCAAGCUGCCUGACCCGUUUGCCAAGAUCAGUGUAGACGGUAGCGGGCAGUGUCACUGUACAGAGGUGAUCAAAGGAACUCUCGAUCCUAAAUGGAAUCAACACUACGACUUGUUUCUGAGUCGCUCGGACUCGGUGACUGUGAGCGUAUGGAAUAACAGGAAGGUGAACAGAAAAGAGGGCGCUGGGUUCCUCGGCUGUGUGACCCUUGCACCCACCGUGGUCUCCAGACUCAAGGACACAGGAUACCAGCGACUCAACCUGGCCAGGAACAAUGCAGAUGACGAGGACAUGGUCAAGGGACAGCUGAUACUGAGCCUGACAUCACGUGAUCCUACAAAUAUCCCGGCAAUAGUGAACAACCUGCCAGAAGCUGACGAGCUACCAGAGGGCUGGGAGAGCAGACGUACUCCGCACAAUCGUCCUUACUUCAUCAACCACUAUACCCGCACCACGCAAUGGCAGAGACCAACAAGGCCUGGCUAUGAGAGUGUGCCUGCGGCCCCUCGUCCCACCCACACACGUCUACUCCAACCUCCCACCUCCUCCACCUCAUCACCUGUCCCACAACGUACCAGCAGCCCUGUCGUCGUUACUACAACAGGCACACCCACACAAGAACAACUCACAGCCCCGCCCACACAACCUCCACCCCUCACACAACCCCCACCCCCAACACAACCCCCGCCCCCCAUAGACUCAGAGCCACAGUCACCAGAGGGUGAUGUACUGCCGAGGCUAAGAGGAGGCGGUGCUCCACUCACUAGAAGGCAACUGUACAUGAGCAGAAACUUCCUUCAUCACGAGUUACAACUACCUGAUGGAUAUGAGCAAAAAACGACCCCCCAGGGUCAAGUGUACUUCAUUCAUCGAGCUACUGGUGUGAGCACAUGGCAUGACCCACGCUUCAGAGAUGUGGCCAUCGAUCCCAACGAGUUAGGACCACUACCAGAUGGUUGGGAGGUGCGAUACACUGCUCAUGGCCGCAAGUACUUUGUUGAUCAUCUGAGGAGGACCACUCAGUUCACAGAUCCAAGACUGUCUGAACAAAUUUCCUCUCCCACCGAGCCUGCUCCUCCGUCAAUUGCACCCCCCACACCACCCCCACCGCCCACUCCACCCUCACAACCAGACCCACCACCUCCCGGCACAGGUCGUGACCUCGUACACAAAAUGAGAAUGCUGCGAUCUCAACUCAACGCCAUGCAACCUCAGACUGGUCACUGUCGCUUGGAAGUCUCUCGAAAUAAUGUGUUCGAAGAGUCUUACCGUCAAAUAAUGAAGCUUCGAGUGCGAGAUUUGAAGAAGAAGCUCCACAUACGGUUCAGGGGAGAGGAUGGGCUGGAUUAUGGUGGUAUUGCUCGGGAGUGGCUGUACCUGCUCUCUCACGAGAUGCUUAAUCCGUACUACGGACUGUUUCAAUACUCGAGGGACGAUGUGUACACACUACAGAUCAACCCAAACUCUUCCAUUAAUCCAGAGCACUUGUCCUACUUCUACUUUGUGGGUCGUGUGAUUGGCAUGGCUGUGUUUCAUGGGCUCUAUAUAGACGGAGGGUUCACUCUGCCCUUCUACAAGCAGCUGCUAGCACUGCCCACCAACCUCGAGGACCUGCAGACUGUGGACACUGAGUACUACCGAUCACUCAAGUGGAUGCUGGACAAUAGUGUAGAGGGUGUGUUUGACGAUCAAACCUUCUGUGUGGACUACGACAAGUUUGGCCGCAUGACUCAGCACGACCUAAAGCCUAAUGGCCAAGACAUUCCAGUCACUAAUGAGAACAAGAAGGAGUACGUUCAUCUCUAUGUGCAGUGGAGAUUCAGAGUGGGCGUAGAGAAACAGUUUAUGGCAGUGCAGAAAGGAUUCCACGAGUUGAUUCCCCCUCACCUACUCAAGCAGUUUGAUGAGAAGGAGUUGGAGUUGAUAGUAUCUGGGUUAGGGUCGGUGGAUGUCAACGAUUGGAAGAGCAACACUCGCCUCAAGAACUGUACACCUGAGUCAGACGUCAUUCAGUGGUUCUGGAAGACUGUGGAGUCUUUUGAUGAUGAAAAGAGAGCUCGGUUGCUCCAGUUUGUGACGGGGUCUUCUCGUGUCCCCCUGGAGGGGUUCAAGGCUCUUCAAGGCUCCACUGGGGCAGUCGGACCACGACUCUUCACCAUACACCUCCUUGAGACAGCCCCACCUGAGAACCUGCCCAAAGCUCAUACUUGCUUCAAUCGUAUCGACAUCCCUCACUAUCGCUCGUAUGAGCAGACUAGAAACAAGCUCAAGAUGGCCAUUGACCACGCCGAGGGAUUCUAUGUGGAGUGAACACCAACUAACUGCAUUACUCUAGAUCACAAGAUUUUUUAUGAUUUGACUCUAUAAUUAUUAUAUAAUUUAUUGUCCUGCCUUAUGUACCUCAUAGCAACUGAUGUACUUGUUUAUAAACUUUGUGUGCAAUGUUCACAACAGAUGUACAUUCCAUAAUCUUAUUCAAAA